UUUGCCAAAUUUUCCUAACGGGGAGAAUGAAGACAGUCAAGAACGCCUAAGAAAAGAACUUGUAGAAUAAAUGAAAAAGAAGAGCCGAGACAUGAGCCUCAUUGGCCAAAAGAUGGACAGUACAUUUGCCCUGAGACGGAAGGAAAUCAUUCACUCUGAACCUCCUGUUUCUGAGAUCUUGGAAAAAUGGCCAGCACUUUUCACAGAAAGCCAGAUCUUUGCAGAAUUCAAUCGUAUAUCUGGCAAGAAUCUGCGAUCUGAAUUCUAUGCAGCACUGGACAAACACUCUGCACGUUUCCUUGAAAUUUUCCGGAAGAAAGGGGGAACUCAAGGAAGAACACUUGAUGAAAUUUUACGUCAGGUUGAUUUAAAGUCAUCUGAUGUAUCUUGUGUGCGUACCGCUGUACUUCAUGGACUUCCAGUUCUCCUGGGGGAUGACUCGGAUGAGUUUUUCAAGACGUGCUUUGAUUCUGAUGUAGAUGCAGACUUCAGCCAAAUUGAUGUUGGCCUGCUUACAGUUCUACCUGAAGACAUGCCUGCCAGAACUCCACAUGCACUGAACGUUAACGCAAUAAGGGAAAUCAUUCUGGAGGGAAAAUUUGUCAUGGACGAUGUCCGAAGCUUGCCACAUGCUGUAUGUCUCCUUUUUGCUUUAAUCUAUGCUCUAAAUUUAGACUACCCAAAGACAAUGAGGAAUACAUUUGAAUUUAUUCAGAGGGUAUUUCUAUCUUUAGGAGGUAAGAACCUGAAACCCAAACUCCAAACUCUAAAAAAUCAGCUUUUAACCUAAUGUCUUUUCUUUUGGCCUUGGGUGCUAACC